GGCCCAUAAGCAAACACAAAAACCUUCCUUUUAAUAUUGUCAAUCAAACAUGAGCAACAACGAAGAAUUGAAGGAAGUCCUGGACACUGAGAUUGAGUCCAACUGGGAAGAGGUUGUUGAUAACUUCGACAACAUGAACCUCAAGACUGAGCUUCUCCGCGGUAUCUACGCCUACGGUUUCGAACGCCCUUCCACCAUUCAACAGCGUGCCAUUAUGCCCGUUAUCAAGGGUCACGAUGUCAUUGCUCAAGCCCAGUCUGGUACCGGAAAGACUGCCACCUUCUCCAUCUCCAUUCUCCAGCGCAUUGAUGUUACCUUGAAGGCUACUCAAGCUCUUAUCCUUGCCCCCACCCGUGAAUUGGCUCUUCAAAUCCAGAAGGUCGUUCUCGCUCUCGGUGACUUCAUGGGUGCUGAGUGCCACGCCUGUGUUGGUGGUACUAACGUCCGUGAGGAUAUGGAGAAGCUCCGUAGCGGCUGCCACGUUGUUGUUGGUACCCCCGGUCGUGUCUAUGACAUGAUCAACCGUGGUGCCUUCAAGACCGACCACAUGAAGAUGUUCGUUCUCGAUGAAGCUGAUGAAAUGUUGUCUCGCGGUUUCAGAGAGCAAAUCUACGAUGUUUUCCAACUUCUCCCCACUGAGACACAAGUUGUUCUCUUGUCUGCUACCAUGCCACCAGAUGUCUUGGAAGUUACCACCAAAUUCAUGCGCGAACCCGUCCGUAUUCUCGUCAAGCGUGACGAACUUACCCUUGAAGGUAUCAAGCAGUUCUACGUUGCUGUUGAAAAGGAAGAGUGGAAGCUCGACACCCUCAGUGAUCUCUACGAAACUGUUACUAUUACCCAGGCUGUCAUUUUCUGCAACACCCGCAGAAAGGUUGACUGGCUCACUGACAAGCUUCACGCUCGUGAAUUCACCGUCUCUGCUAUGCACGGUGACAUGAGCCAAGAGCAGCGUGAAGUCAUCAUGAAGGAGUUCCGUUCUGGAUCUUCCCGAGUUUUGAUCACCACCGAUUUGUUGGCUCGUGGUAUUGAUGUCCAACAAGUUUCCCUUGUCAUCAACUACGAUCUCCCAGCAAACCGUGAAAACUAUCUCCACAGAAUUGGUCGUGGUGGUCGUUUCGGUCGUAAGGGUGUUGCUAUCAACUUUGUCACCAGCGAGGACGUCCGCAUGUUGAGAGACAUUGAAUCAUUCUACAACACCCAGAUUGAGGAGAUGCCCAUGAACGUUGCUGACCUCAUUUAGACGCAUUCAUAAUCUUUUUCUUCGUUCUUUACAAUAAAAAAUGACAAUAUAACGAGAAAGUGAAAAAGCUUUCAUCCAAUCUUUCUGUUCA